AUGCGAUUCACAAACAAGAGAGAACCCGACACGAACGUGACGUCAUACAAACGCUUCAGGACGUGGCUCAGUCACAAGCACAGUCGCGAGAGUCCCGCUGUGAGUACGCCCUUGUCCACUGGGCGGCGCUGUGGGCCCAACUUUGAGUUGGACGAUGUCGUUCAGCGGCUGGAGCUGGAUUCGCCCUCUCGAUGUCAUGCUGCAGCACAGAGGGGACACCAAGCAAGUCCGCUUGGAAAUUCAACACUCAAGUUGGCUGCACCAUCACUCGUAAAUGACUACUACACACAUCUUCUAGACUACAGCUGUAAUGGCAUCCUCGCAUUAGCUCUGGACUCUUCUGUUUACAUUUGGAAUUCAGAAACCCGCUCUCUGCUGGGUCGGCUGGACCCGAGUCCAGAACCGGGUCGAAAGCGGCGCCAGACAGUCUCUUGCGUACGCUGGAGCGGAGACGGACACGUUCUCAGUAUCGGAACCAGGCGUGGGGAGGUGCAGGUUCAGUUGUGGGACGUUGAACGGAGGCAGAAUGUGAAGACUCUGCCUUCACACUUGUCCGUGGUUCGAGCUCUUUCCUGGAAACAGCAACUUCUUAGCAGUGGCUCCACCCUGGGACACAUUCAUCACAAUGACCCACGGGCUCCAUCUCCUUUAGUGGGCACGGUGAUCCAACAGGAGGGUUUGUGCAGCCUUCAGUGGUCCCCCGGUGGUGAGUGGCUGGCCAGCGGCUCCGCAGACGGCCUCCUCCACAUCUGGGACCGUGAUGUCACAGGAUCACCUCGGCCAGUCGCCACCAUGAAGCAGCCUAGCGCUGUCAAGGCAAUGGGGUGGUGUCCCUGGAAGAGCAAUGUGAUAGCCACAGGUGGAGGAUGGAAGGACGGGCAGCUUCGAAUUUGGGACAUCGAGUCGGCGACUUGCGUCGGUUCCGCGGACACCAACUCACAGAUCUGCUCUCUGGGCUGGGCGGAGGCCACCAGGCGCCUGGUCACAGGACACGGCCACCCCCAUCAUAAUGCCAUCUGCUGGGACUUGGAGUUCCCUUUGCUCAGGCCUGCUUUCCACCUCACAGGUCAUUCACGUCGUAUCCUGCACGUGGCCUUAAACAACGAUGCUGGCCAGCUCUUCACUGCAGGAGCGGAUCAGUGCCUUCACAUGUGGGACAUGUCAUUUCCUCAGUCUCUACUUUCUUAA